GACAAUAUUUUGAACAAUAGCGAGUAAAAGGGUGGGAAUCUUGGUCUUGAUUGGGGAAGAUGUUAGGUAUCGCGACGUCCUACAGUAGCAUUUUCGGUUGAUGCUGACUUGCAUUUUUUUUUUAAUCCAUCCAGGUCUGAAAAGGAUCAAUCCGGUGGUGCCGAUAUCAUCACUUCCGAGCUCCUUUGAAGACUAAGGAGGAACUCUGUCCACUCCCAUCAUUUGAUUAAUCAACUGUUAGAUUACUUUGACGCUCCCAAGCGUUUGUUAGGCUUUUGUGGCCCAAAGACUUCUGUUGCAAAAAGCAUACACAAAAACAAAGAACACAAACACAGGAUGGAUAGAACAGAGCUUAUUCAGAAGGCCAAGCUGGCAGAGCAAGCUGAGCGUUAUGAUGACAUGGCUGCAGCCAUGAAAGAAGUUACCGAGGCCGGCACCGAACUGUCGAACGAGGAGAGGAACCUACUGUCCGUUGCCUAUAAGAAUGUGGUGGGUGCUCGAAGAUCAGCCUGGAGGGUCAUAUCCAGCAUUGAGCAGAAGACCGAUGGAAAUGAUAAGAAGCUUCAGAUGGUAAAAGAGUAUCGGGAGAAAGUGGAGUCUGAACUCAAAGAAAUUUGCCAUGAUGUACUGGAGCUGUUGAGCAAAUAUUUAAUUGAAAAUUCCUCAAACUCUGAAAGCAAGGUCUUUUACCUGAAGAUGAAGGGAGACUACUACAGAUACCUUGCUGAAGUGGCAGCUGGAGAUGACAGGAAAACCACUAUAGACAACUCUGAGCAUGCCUACCAGGAAGCGUUUGAUAUCAGCAAGACUGAGAUGCAGCCAACACACCCCAUCCGCCUAGGCCUGGCCCUCAACUUCUCUGUCUUCUUCUAUGAGAUCCUCAACUCCCCAGAAAAGGCCUGCUCCCUUGCCAAGCAGGCAUUUGAUGAAGCCAUUGCAGAGCUUGAUACACUGAAUGAAGAGUCUUACAAAGACAGCACCCUUAUCAUGCAGCUGUUAAGAGACAACCUUACAUUAUGGACGUCUGACAAUGCAGCGGAUGAGGGAGAGUGUGGUGAAGGUGGAGAAAACUAAAGCGCUUUCGGUGGGGGGAGGGGGGGGGAUGUUGGGGACAUUGGGACGAAAUCUUUUUACACAUCUCCAUUCUUUAUUGCCCUGCCUUUUAAAAUUCUCCUAGUAAAGUAAAAUCAUUAUUCAAAAACUGUUUAUGGAAACAAAGUCCAAUUAUUUAGUCUUUUGUCAGUGCAGCUUUUGAAUGAAAAAGAUGUUAAUUGAUAAGGAAGAAUCUCCACUUUUUGGCUUGUGUUCAUCAUGGCCUUCUGUUAUGUGCUGUCUCUGCUGUAGAAAAGUAUUAUUAGCUUCAUUUUAUACCAAAAUAAUCUUUCUUUAGUUUAAAAAAAAAGAUGAUGAUGAAUGAAAAAUUAAGGAAAUGCAUUUUGUUAGAUAUUUUUCCCAGUUCAUAUCUUUAAUUCUUGUUGCGGGAAUAUUUAAAUAUUAGAUGAGAGUUCUCACCUACUGUAUUCAGCCACCACCAUGUCUGUUGCACCUCAGUGCUGCCAUAAUUUCUGGGUCAUGCCAUUGAAGAGAUGGUCCUCUUGAUUUAAAAUGCUCUUAAUGUGGAAGCAGAAGAACCCAAAAGUAAGUAAUAUUGAGAGUUGGGAUUUAAACCCCUAGGUUUUAGGAGGACAAACGUGUAGUUUGUGGAUGCCAUCAGAUGUGUUUUCCUCAGUGUUUGAUAAAAAUAUUUACUCAGUCAUUUUCAUAAUGCCAUUAAUGUUGCCAUGGUAUCUUGUCAGUUCAUAAUGGGGAGGACUUGAAAGCUAAAAUUUAGAACUUAAAGUAGAAUAUUGAGGAAAUGUAUAACGAUUGUUUGUAGUAAUACUACUACCAUUGACGGAACUCUUUGUCUCAAACUGGUGACACAGUUUCACAGUACUUGGGAAUCAGUGUUCAGCAGGGCAUAAUGUCACAUUUAAAUAGAACUGAAUUUUAUAGUUUAAUCUUGCUUAUUUAGUGUAUGUGAAAAAGUGUGAUCUCUUUAUUGGUAUCUCUACAACUCUUCACUACUGGACAUGCUGUUGCACAGGAUGUUUUUAUUUUUUGCUUUUAUAGCUGUUCAAAUUGAAAGCUAACAUCCCCUGUGUUAGGGAAGACAUGUUUCAUCAAAAACAUGAAUCGGAGAGAAAGAAGAAACUAGUUUGGCACUUAAGAAAUUAAUAUGUGGAAGUUGAAUGAGGUAAUAUCCAUGCAUGUCCUUGUCAAUGAACGCUAGAAUGGGAAUCGGCAUACAUGCCGAGAGCAAGUUCUGGGGGUUUUUUUUUUUUUGGUUUUUUUUGUUUUGUUUUGUUUUGUUUGUUUUUUUUUCCCUUUGCAGAAUUGUGCACAUGUGAGGGUGUGGUUGUCCAGUGAGAUCAGAGUAAAUUUUGGACCACUAUUGUGUUUUGCUAAUCAAUUGUAGUCUCCAAAAGCCUUGUGGAUGUUUUAUUCCCUGUGUAACACUUAUGUAACAUGAAUAAAAAUUACAUUUUAUAAACCAAA